GCUGUGUAUAACUGUAUCUAAAUCUAUGUAUUUAUAAGUAUGUAUGUGCUAAGAGUAUACAAAUCUACGUCUAUUUGUAACUUUGACGUAUCGAAGUCGAUUGAAAUUUCACUGUUUAGUUAACUAUAAGCACACGCUAGUAUGAAAACUCGUGCGAUUUUGUAAUAACGUAACUAAAUAACUCAAUGAAUGCUAAUCGCUUUUUUACUAAACUCCUCCCUUACAUGCUGCCACUUAACAAACAAAUUUUACAAUCCAACAAAAUUAUUACAAUACAUAAUAAAUUUCGCCAUUUGGGUUUACUAAACCAAAAAUAGAAUCGGACUCUAUAGCGACGCCAUCGGCGGCAUACCACGAUCAGCGUCGUCACUCGAUGUACAGCAAUCGUUACUUUGCUUCGGUUUCUGAUGAUAGCCUAAAUCGUAGCCGACGUGAGUCCUUAAUUUGUAUGCGUUCAUCAUCUCCGCCUGUGCGCCGUUUGAGUGCGUCCUCGUUGCAGGAAGAGCUUUGUGCCAGGGGGCAUCAGCUGCACAUCGAUCCGCGUUAUCGUGACACACGUCCCAUAGCACGUUCAGUUAGCAGUCUUUAUCUAUCUAACGAAGCUAAUCUCAAUAACAUCCAGAACAACAAUAACUACUAUCACAAUAGUCCGGUGCGUCAGCGCACUAACAGUACCUUAAAUACCAGCACACCACCUCCUUCGAUAUACAUUGAAGAGUAUAUGGACCCUGACCCUGAUCCAACGAACUCGACACAGAAACGCGCGUCUAACGACUCAUUCACAAACUUGUCUUAUACUGAGGCACAUCAACCCCUCAAUGAAGAUGGCAUAGCUUCGGUUGCCGAAUCGGAUGAUAUCCCAUUUAUAGAUGAUGGUUCACCGACAGAAGAUGUAAAAACCUAUGUUCCGACGCAUCAAGAACCUGCUCAAUCCCAACUUGUGCAGCGCAUAGAGCGUGUAGCGAAGCCCUCAUCUGGUAUUAUAAGUAGUGCACGCCGUAAUGCGCCUGGGUAUCGCAAAACCGUAAGUUUUGAUUUGGAAGAAACGAAAGCACGCAGACGUGACAGCAUUUCGUUAGACCGUGGAUUGGGAAUCAACCGAAAAUUCCACACACAUGACGCCAUAAGUGAAUAUGCUCGAGCUGGUCUCGACAGCAAUAAAUCGUCCGCCGAGUCUUUGGAUAAAAGUGAGCGGGAACGCAUUCCGUUGAUACAAAAGAUAAGGCGGGAAUUGAAUUCCAACCGUUCGACUUCUGGAAGCGCCGCAACCAGCAACACCUCUGGCAGUGGCACGAAUAGUAAUCGUUCAUCAAAUGAGUCCAUUGAGAAAAUGCCAUUAAUAACGAAACCACUGCGCGAUUUAUAUAUAAAUACUACAAUGCCAAUGACAACAACGACUAUAACACGGCCAAAGCGUGAACUAAACGCAAUUCGUGCCACCUCUGGCGGCGGUCUCAGCGGUAACCAACAGCAGCGUACGAAUCCAAGCAAAAGGUCUGCCCCUACACAAAACCCCAGCAAUCUUGUAAAUAUCACGAGCACUUCUGUUUCAAAGUCUGUUUUCACCACCCGCACUUCUGUCACUCCCUCCAAUGUAAGAGCAGGAGGAAAUCUACCAGCAGCAGCAACAACCAACACAGUUGUUACCAUUAAAGUUCCUAGUGUAUAUGAAAUCGAAAGUUCCUCUGAAACUGUCCAUAACUACUGUCCAGAGCGUUCACUUAGCCAUGCAAAUAUACAUUUUCCACGCUGCUCAGAUAAUGACGAUGUAGAUUCAACCCCAUCCUUAACCUGCCAUUCCCACACAACUAAACUUACGCUCUCACAAGGUCACAAGGAUACACAGAAAGAAGAUGUUAGUCAGGUGCACCAUUUCGUUACACCUUUCGGGGAGGGCAAAGUACGUGAAAUGGCUGAAUUUUUUGAGCGACAUAAAACUUUUGAUGCAAGUGGACGGCGCAAAGAAUCCGUGCCCGGGAUGUCAAACACUUUUUCGAAAUCGACGUCAUAUUUAUACCCCACAAGCGAUGGGGCAUUGCCACGCAAAAAAAAGAAUCUCACAGAGCAGGAGCAGUUGGAGAUUUUGCAGCAGCUAAAAGAAUGGAGCUUACAUGGCAAAAACGAAACCAAACAACGAAUUGAUAAAUCAACUGAAAUUAAUACUCAACACUACGCCAAAUCGAUUGCCCCGUCAAAUGUAGCUGCCGCACACGCUUUACUAACACCUGAAUCAGAACUAUCUGUCAGCACCACCAUUACCUGUGAUUGUCCUUGUUGUGCCAAUUGUAAGCAAACAAUUGUUACUAAUAUCUCAGACAUCGACGAAACCAUCCCAGAAAAUGCCAAAUCAUCAAUAGGCCCUUCGACCCCUUCAUUCAAAUGCUAUGACAGUUGCCCUGAAGUGGAGAAGAGUCGGUUAAAACGGCAACGUAGCGUAAUGUCCACCGCAAAGGGAAACACUGUGCGCACAGUUAAACGUAACCAAAAACAACAACGCAGUUCUGAUGGAUCCACAAAGCUUUCUCUAACGCUGGCCAUGAAAGGUGGUGACAAUACCACUACUGCUUCAACGAGCUCUGCUGCUACACGACAUCCACGGUGUCCGCACUUAACUGCGCCAAAUAACGACUCACCAGAACAUUACAGUGAUGGUGGCGCAAAUGAAAGCUGACGACUUAGCGGAUAAAGGUUGUGACAAUGAUGUGAUAAAAAGUAGAGUACACUUUCCUUCGUACCUCAGGGGUGCCCAUCUAUAUGAGUUUCCCCAUAAUGUGGUAAAUUUUGUAAAUCUAAAUGGUCCAUGGGACUCCUUUAACUCAUUGAGUGCCAACAACAGGCGGCACAAGGAACUGCUUUGCUUAUAAAACCAUUGCUAAGCUUAUUUGUAGUUUUAUUACGGUUUCUCCUCAAGCAAAAACAUCG